AUGAUUAUACAAGUUGAUAUUGAAAUGGCUGCCUUAAGUGACACGCCCACACCCACUCCAACAAUACCCAGCGUCUCGAUUAAAGUAGAACAGGGUGUGUUGAAUGAUGAUGAUGAAAACAACUUUGAAUAUGGGAGUGGUGGUAAUUACGGAGACCGUAGUAACAACAAUUCAAACGCAAAUAGGUGUAGCGGUCCCACAGCUUAUGAUGCCGCCAAGACUUUUCACAGAGAUAUACAAAUAAAAAAUGAGCCACCCAUUGACAUAAAUGAUUUCUACGAAAAGACCAACAUGAAUGACGAUAUGAAGUCGAUGUGGUCGCCUUAUGUCAGGCCAACUGGUGGCAUGUCUCCGAUGAUACGAUUGACGCCCACUGCAAAACUAAUGCCAUCACCAAAUCCUGCGAAUCCCAAAAAACGCUACGAAUGUCCCUAUGAGAAUUGUACCAAAAGUUAUGGUAAAAGUUCACAUCUGCGUUCACAUUUAACCUGGCACACCGGUCUGAAGCCUUUUGUGUGCAAAGAAUGUGGCAAAGGAUUUACACGUUCCGAUGAACUAAAUCGUCAUAUACGAACGCAUACUGGAGAGAAACCAUUCGAAUGUGCUACAUGUCACAAGAAGUUCGCACGAAGUGAUCACCUGACAAAACAUUUGGCAACACAUACCAAACAAAUAUUGGGCAUGAUGGCAGGUGAUGGUUCGGGAUCCACUAUGCAACCAACGACAGCAUCACCACCUAAAAUGCCUAAAGUUGAAUCAUAUUCACCGCCCCAAUUGCUAAGAAAACAACUUACUAGGCCCCCGCCACAAGCAGAUAGGAAAUCACUACAACCACCACCACCACCGCCACCCUUCAAUAAUGGUGUUUUGUAUAAUAACCCUGAUGCAAAUGCUCGUGAUAUUCAGGUAAAUAGACAAGUUGCUGUUAAGACCGAACAAUUAGAUCCCGAAAUACAUAUUCGAUCAAUGUUAAAUAAAAGUCCCGAAACCAUUUGCAUAACGCCUCAAAUCGAUAGGCAAAUGGUUGCUAUUAAGACCGAAGAGUUAGAUCCCGAUAUACAUAUUCGAUCAAUGUUAAAUAAAAGUCCUGAGAAUAUUUGCAUAACACCACGCAUUGAUAUGGUGGUGGUUAAAGAAGAAAAAAUGGAAUUUGAAGGGAAUUUUGAGAAUCAAACACACGAAUAUUGUAUGCCAGCAAAUGUACAAACAAAUUUGCCUGAAAAAUGUAAAAGUACUGAUAUGCUGCAUCAUCCGAGAUCUAUGGAUAACUACCUACCACCCCCUCCUCAUCCGCAGCCGCAUCCUGUGCACAUAACACCUACAUUUGAUGUGCUCGUCGCACCAUAUCAGGAUAUAAAAGUCAAAGAAGAGAUGAUAUAUAACGAUGAUGAACCCGACGACAAUGCAAUUAUGCCAGAAGCCAAUUUGCCACCCAUGCCGCCAAUGUCACGAACGAAAACUACAACUACAUUCAAACCCAUCAAAAUUCCCGCACAAUCACGCCCAUCCUUUCCUAAAGAUAAACCCGUCAAAAGGCGGGAGUAUUCAACACUGAAUGAUAAUGAGAGACGACACGCCUGUCAACAAUGCCCCAGAAAAUUUAAACGACCCGAUGAACUUAAGCGUCAUAUACGCGUUCACACCGGUGAAAAGCCCUAUGCCUGCAAUGAAUGUGAAAAACGUUUUAUGCGUAGUGAUCAUUUAAAGAAACACAUGAACGGUCACACAAGGAUAAGAUGAUUAGAACA